AUGGCGCCUUCGACGUUCAAAAACUCUCUUGUGCCACUGGCCGUUUACCUCUUGGGCGCUUCAGCCAGAACCUGUGAUCUCAACAGCUUCAAUGCCACCGUUGGCGGCCGUGUACAGCCCUUGACACCCUUCUCCUUGCCCUGUUUCUCGAGCUACAAUGGGACCGAAGUGGCGAUUAACGACGCGGCCUGUGCAACUAUCCAGAGCAACUACAGCGAUCCGUACUUGCGAGCCAACUCCGCCAAUGGAUACAUGAACAAUCAGGUGGAGAUGUGUGCCUCGGACCCUAGCGACCAGUGCUUGCUCGACAGCUCUGAUCCGACCGAUCCGUUGGCUUUUACCAACACAGUUUGCCAGCAAGGUAACCUGCCUUCGUAUUAUCUCGAGAUUCAGCAGGCUAGCGAUGCUGUGGAGGCUUUCAAGUUCGCCAGCUGCUCUGGAACCCGUCUAUCGAUCAAGAAUAGUGUCGAAGACUUACCACUCCAACUUCAAGCCCGAGGCUGUAAUGCUUGCGCCGCGCCAGGAACCGUCAUCCCAGCCAUCAGUAUCGGGGCCGGUGUCAACUUCAACGAGGUCUAUGCAUUUGCCAACUCGCACAACGUCACAUUCCUGGGUGGCUAUGCGCCAACAGUGGGCGCCAGCGGUGGUUUCCUGCAAACCGCCGGUCAUAGUAUUCUGUCUCCUGUUUACGGUUUGGCCAUCGACCGAGUAAUCCAAUUCAAGGUGGUGACACCGGAUGGCCAGUACCGCAUCGCCAACGAAUGCCAGAACCAGGAUCUUUUCUGGGCCCUCCGUGGCGGCGGUGGUGGUACCUUCGGUGUUGUAAUUGAGAGCACCCACCGCGUUGAACCUCAAUUGAGCUUCGUUGCGGCCAUUAUCAAAUUCACCUCAAACUCUACCAAUCUAUUGCCCUUCAUGGAUAUCGUUGUCAACAACACCCUGAAGUGGGCUUCAGAAGGCUGGGGCGGUCACAUCAGUGGCAGUAGCCUCAUCAACGUGACUCCUUUACUCUCUGUGGCCCAGGCAGAGGAGUCACUCGCCGAUGUGAUUGCUUAUGCAAAAUCACAGGGUGGUUCUGCUACCGUGGAACAGUUCUCGUCCUGGUAUGCCUUCUACGAAAAGUAUGUCACUUCCAACGCGGUUAGCGUCGGAGUGACCCAUUUUGCCGGCAGUCGUCUGGUGCCCAAGGCUGUCUUCGAAACUGCCGAGGGGCGCAAGAACCUGAUGGACUUCUUCUCUCUCAUCCAGUCCAAUGGACAAAGCCCCUACAUCCCCAUCGUCGGCCCGGUACUGUACAACUACACGGCGAACUCCACCUCCGCGACGCCCGCCUGGCGCUCGGCCAUUUGGGAACUGGGCUCCGGUACUUCCUGGGCGUGGAACAGCACCCUGGAGACGCGCGAGCAGAAAAUUGCCGGUCUGCAGAACAUGACCGCGACCCUUGAGGAGAUCACCCCAGGCAGCGGUGCCUACAGCUGCGAGGCCAACCCAUUCACCGAAGAUUGGCAGGAAGCCUGGUGGGGCGAGAACUACGAGCCCUUGCUGAAUAUCAAGAACAAGUACGAUCCCAACCGGUUGUUGAACUGCUGGAAAUGUAUCGGAUGGGAAGAAUCUGAUGCAAAGAGCUCCUGCUUUUCGGCUUUUAGCUAG